AUGGCAGUAAGCUUGUGCUCUAACUUUGCAGAAUCGAAUGAACAGGACAGUAUUCCGCCCUUCAUUGCUGAUUCCUUAAAACAAGCAUUUGAAGACGGUGGCACUCCUGCCGUAAAGACACGGAUAACUGAAAUUAUGGACAGUUGGAAAAACGAAGUAAUAAAUAUCGGUGUAACCGGAAAUUCUGGUGUAGGUAAAUCCAGUUUUAUAAACGCAGUACUUGGACAUUCGCAUGAAGAUGUAGGAGCAGCCGACGUUGAUGAAAUCGAGACAACGAAGAAAGUAACCGCUUACCCGCACCCUAACAAUGAAAAGCUUAUUUUCUGGGAUUUACCAGGUGUCGGUACACCAAACUUCCUUCAAGACACGUACCUUGAAAAAAUUGAUGUUGAUAAGUUUGACUAUUUCAUUAUACUAUCUGCAGAAAGAUUUACGGAGAAUGAUUUAUGGUUGGCAGAAAACAUGAAGCAAAAACAGAAAAGAUUUUAUUUUGUUCGUAGUAAAAUUGAUGUGUCGAUUGCAAACAACAAACGAAGAUGCAAGAAACAUAAUGAAAUUGAUGUGAUGAAUAAAAUACGAGCAGACUGCACGAAAAAUUUGGAAAACGUGAUGGGAAGUGGUGAACAAAUACCAUUGUUUCUUGUUGACAACUAUGACACUAACAAGUAUGAUUUUAGUUUAUUGUCUCGCCGUCUAAUAGUUGAUGCUCCUCAAAUGAAAAGAGAAGCCUUGAUACUGUCAUUCAACUUUCUGAACAAAUCAUUUUAG